AUGCCGCGCCGCGUCCUGAUUGUUGGUGGUGGAAUCGCUGGUCUCACGGCCAGCAUCGCUCUGGCUAAAGAGCUCACACAAGUCGAAGCGGAUCUGGACAUCACCAUCUAUGACAGUCGAACUGAACAUUCGAUGGGAGAUGGAGGGGCGAUCAGUCUCACCCCGAUCGCUCAGCACUACUUGGAUCAGCUCGGCAUCCUGGGCGAACUCUCUCAGAUGGGAGAAGACACGGGGAUUGAAGUGGACGAAAUUAAUGUUUACUCUCUCCGCUCAGGACGAUCAUUGGGUCCGUUGCGAUUUGCCGACGAGACUGGACGCGGUUACGGGGGCUAUAAGAGCCGCCGAGUGCUGCGGAGUGCCCUCUUGCGCGCCAUGCUGGCCGAGGCGCGCCAGUACGCGCAGAUUUCGGUAGAGUUUGACAAGAAAUUAUGCAGCAGCAGCACAGACUCAAAUGCAGUGUCUCUGCAAUUCGACGAUGGGACGACGACCACGGGAGAUCUACUGCUGGGAUGCGAUGGCGUCCACUCGGCGGUCCGCACGCAGCUGGUCGAUCCCGGCAACCAGUCGGAAUAUACGGGGAUCUCCUUCAUUCAGAGUCUGGCUCCGGCCGGGCGGGUAUCACUACCAUCUCAUUUCGAUGAAUCGGCCAUUCACCUGACUCGGCAAGGAUCGCUGCUGGCCAGCUAUUGCGACCCAAGUCAUCAGACCAUAUUUGUUGCUGCGAUCAUGCGUGUCAAUGAGCACAUUAUCGAGCGGUACCGCGCACUGGGCUACACAGACACCAAUAUCGCGGCACUCACGUCGGCACAGAUGGCCCUUCGCUAUCAGGUGCGCAGUAAAUUCGGCGUGUCUGCCUUCCCGUGGAUUCGGGAGUGGAUUGAGGAGACGCGUGAUUGGGAGUUGUAUCCCAUCUACCAGGUCCCGCAACGGGGGAAAUGGCACGUCGACCGCGCUCUGCUGCUCGGGGAUGCCGCACACGCAAUGCCACCGCGCGAGGAAUCAGCCGCCUACGCCAUCGAAGAUGCGGUCGUAUUCGCGCAGAUCUUUGCUCAGGGGCCUGAACGUCCUCUCCACCGUAUAUUUGUAGAGUACGAGAACGCGCGGCGAGGUCUGGUUGAUAAAGCGUUCGAUGCCACCCGUCGGUUGUGGCAAAGCGACCUGGACAAAGGACUUUUUCCGGGGAAUUUCCGCGACUGCAUGUCGUCUACCCAGCUGCCACCCAAUCCUUUAGUAAAGAAAACAGCCGAUGGCCCGAUCAGAGAACCAAUAUUCCCUCCGCCAACGCACGAAAGUAUGUCCGAUCUAUCUGUGUAUACAUUGACAAGCGAACUGGAGGUGGUUCUUGAUGCGGACGAGGGGAGGACUAAAGCCCCUUUGUGA